GUCGCCGCUAGCCCGGUUGACGGCUCUAGUUCCUAAUGUCGGUAAAAUUAAAAUUAUAACAAAACUGUCAGCCAAAUGAAAUAAUUCCGACAUGGCGGUGCAUCCGGCAAGUGACCAGUUUGCUAGCAAAGCGGUCGACUUCCAGGCUACGGCAGAGGCUUACUACAGUAUCGCCGUGGAGAAAGUGAAGGAUGUUGUAUCCUCGCUGCCUGAUGACAUCAGACCUGGGCCAGACCUGUACGGGGUGCCAUGGGAACCAGUCAUCAUCUCCAGUUUGGUGGGGUUGGUGACAAUGCUGUUGUUCACCUGUAGAUGUUAUAGCUCUGUCAAAAGCAGAAUGUAUAGAAGUAAAGAGCGGUGGAUGGCUGAACAGGUUGCACAGUUGCUGGAUGAGAAGUGUAAAGUCCUUGAGACUCUCAGUAAAUGUCAACAAGAGCAUGAUGACCUGGAGAACUCACUGAGGGACAGUGGGGUCUUGGCCCAAACUCAAAAGACAGAACAUCUGGAGGUCAAAGCCAGACAGUUGGAACAUGAUAAAAAGGAACUGGAGAGGGACCUUGAACAACUGAAGGAUCAGUUGGACAAGCAGAAAGAACACAGGAUAGAGCAAGAAAGAAGGAUAGCAGCACUUGAAGAGAGCAUGAAAACAUUUGAAGAAGAAACCAAAGACAUCCAGUCACAGGACGAGCAGGCACAAACUACUCUGAAAGUGUACAGUAUGAACAGUGACAGGCUACAAAGGAACCUGGAAACAGCUGGAGAGGAGAAUACACUGCUACAGGAGAGCAACGCUCAGUUGCGGCAGCAGGUGGAGGGAUGGGCUGAAAGAGUGAGUGAAUUGGAGGCGGAGAUGCGGAGGUGUGAGUUUGCCCACAGCGGGAUGCAGCAGGAUGUGGCCAAUAAGGAUGAGCGUAUAAUGUCCUUGACAGACCGCUUGCUGAGGAUGAAAGCUUGGGAUUCAGAUCUGGAGGAAGAGGAAGGUGCGGAAGGAGCAGAGAAGGAAACGUCCAAUGGGGCAUCAGGAAAAGAAGAGGAGAAUGGAGGGGGGGACAUAAUGGACAAACAAGGCCAUUUCCAGAAAGUCCAGAAACUCAUUUACGCUGCUAAGCUGAAUGCAGACCUCAAAUCAGUAGACGAAGACAAGGACAGGGUAUUUGCCAAACUGAAUGAUGAAGUCAAAGCUAAAGAAGACCUGCAAGUGAGCAUCAAGGAGCUGGAGAAUGAGAAGUUAUCUCUGCAGUCAGAUGCUGAGCACUACACAGAUCAGGUCCAACGGUUACAACAGAAACUCCAGAUUAUGACAGAAAUGUACCAGGAAAAUGAACUCAAGCUGCACAGACUGCUGACAGUGGAGGAGAAGGAGCGUCUGCAGAAAGAAGAGAAGUUAAAUAAAGCAGACAAAAACAUUGCAUUGGCCAUGGAAGAACUCAACAAUUACAGACAACGAGCAGGAGAGAUGGAGGAGGAGCUGGAUAAAACCAAACAGUCUUACCAGACCCAAAUAUCAGCACAUGAGAAGAAGGCACACAAUAACUGGCUUGCAGCCCGAGCAGCAGACAGAGAACUUUCAGACAUCAGGAGAGAGAACGCUCUCCUAAGACAGAAGCUGACAGACACACAGUUUAAACUAGAUGCCCUUGACAAAGACCCAUACGCCUUGGACAGUCUGGCUAGACCAUUGCCUUUCAGAGCUGAAAGGUCACCGUAUGGUCCUUCCCCUCUGGGUCGACCAGCAUCUGAAACCAGAGCUUUUCUGUCUCCUCCUACAUUAAUGGAUGGACCACCUGCUAGAUUGUCUCCUAGAGUGGGUCGUGGUCCCAUGGAGCCCCCAGGUGGCCAAGGGGAGAUGGAGCGGAGUGGAGGUCCUCAUUCAGACAGUGGCUCAAUCUCUCCUACAUGGGAGAGAGAUCGCAGGGGACCCCUGCCAGGGCCUCCUGGGCCCCCAGGGCCCCUAGGACCUCCAGGCUAUAUGUUUCCAGAACCAGGAGGUCCAAUGUACAGGAGACCUCCCCCAGGAGCUAUGGGCCUUUUGCCUCCUCCCGGCUCCCUCCCACCUGGCCCUCCUCUUCCCCACCCAAGGGGUUUCCCUCCUGCUGGUCCACCAGGACCUCCCCACCCUACAGACAUGGCAGAUGGUUCAUACAGAGAAAACAGCCUUGGAUCUGGUGAACAGGAACACAGAGAGUCUGGUCCGGGUGAUCGAAGGACUCCCCCUGAAGCAGAUCCAAGGAUGGGGGGCCCACCCCCUCCUGGACCCCCCAUGGGCCCCAUGGGCCCCAUGGACGGUCCCUUUCCUCGUAGAGCUCCCUAUGGACCCCCACCUCCUGAUUUCUACCCUCCGAGGGGACCGGGGGGCCCUCCCAUGAUGCCUAUGUGGGCCCCUCGACCUCCAGGAAUGAUGUUCCCUCCUCGUUUCCCUCCCGGUGGACCUCCUCUUCCUCCAGCUCCUCAUCCUCACUAUGCUCCCCCCAUGCGGCCCCCUCCACCCGACAGCCUCACACCUCCUUCCAUGGGUCCUCCUCCUCCUCAGCAUUCCCUCUCCUCCCCACCACAGAGCCAGUCACCUGAGGAGCACAGACCCUCACCUGAAGACGCCAUUUGAUCCUGACCAAGUUUCUACUUGAGCUGUGAGAUGAUGCAUUUCUGGUUAAAAUUUAACUCAGUGGUGGAUGGAGGGCAGGUUGCAGUUUUCCACUAAUUUCUGUAACAUCUAUUUAUUAACCAGGAAAUAUUUAAUGAAUAGUGUUAGUAGACAGGAAACAUUAGGCUUCAUUAGCCUGUUUUGUUGCUAUCUGUCUCUCUCCUCCUGUCACAUCCUUGUUUCUCUCUUUCUUCUAUCUCUUUGUUAUUCCCGCUCUCUGCCCCAUCAUCAUCCAUCUUCAUUCCCUGUCAGGUAGUCCCUGUUGUUGUGGAGUCAUGCUAACAGGAGGCAGCCUAAUCUGUGCCUGUGUGUGGGGGUGUUGCCACGUGAACCAGAAACUUGCUGGCUGCUUGUGAGUUUGACAGUGCCGGAAAGGUUUUUAAUGCAGCCUAGGUUGAAAUGUGUGCAUGUAGAGAUGCUGUCUGUGGUGGAGAGUGGAGUAUUUUACGUAUGGAAUAAUUUCAUCCCAAUGGCACAGAAAGAGAAGCUAUCAGGGAAGAAAUGCAUCUUUUUACACCAGUUUAUUUUGUUAUACCAACACUCUUGCCAUUGUCACCAUAAUUAAAAUAAAUAGCCAUUUAGCAUCUGUGUUGUUGUUUACCUGGAUUCAGCUGCACUUAAACCAGAUCACACCAGGAUCUGAUUUCAGUGUAGUUUGUUUUCUCUGUGACUGAACUGAGUUGAUCUUAAACCCUCCAUAAUAUUCACCAGAGGUCAAGUGAGACUUAAAAUAUAAUUAGAGUGCAAAACUUGAUUUCCCUGCAGGAUGUAGGGGAUUCAGAGCAGCAGAUAAACUGCUUUUGAUGCUUUUGAUCAUGUUACAAUGACUUACAUAUGACCCAUGCUUGAAAAGACUGGCGUACAGAAGACACUUGUGUUUUUGUUGAAGUGAGUUGUGACUGAUCCUGAGAGUCACAGAUUGGUGAAUGAAAUGACUGAGUGGAAGAAAGGCUGCCUUCAGAGCCAGAAAGAUAACACCCAUGUGAAUUUUGUAAAAAGUGAUUAUUGAUAGAUGAAUAAAGACUGUCAAAUUGUCAAUGUCUCCAUAUUUCACUAAUGUAUUAAUGUUCAGUUUAUUUUGCAUGGAACUGAACAUGACAAACAAAAAAUUGGAAUGUAAGUGGAAAUUUGAUCAGUAUUUUAUAUAAUACUGCAUAGACAUGCAAUGGAAAUGCUUUAAUUAUGUUAAAACGGUAAUUGCAAAUUGUUUCAGUAUUCUUUCACAUAUACAGUGAGGUCCAAAAGUCUGAGUUUUGAACAGAAAAUUCAGAAAGUGAAUGCAGAAGACUUUUUGACAUGUCAAAGCAGGAAAAGCGUAUGUGUUAUUAAUAUGAUGUAAAAGUAAAAUUCGUGAUGGCUGCAUUGUAGUUAAGUGGGCCAGGGUCCAUGCUGCUUUACAUUCUGGGUCACUGGGAUUCUUGAAUAGAACAGAACCAUUGUUAAUGUUAUUGCACCUCCGCUUUUCAUACUGUAACAAGUCAAAAUGUCUGCUGUGAAAAUGGUCUAUUAACCCGUCUGCUUCACCAGGUUUUUUCUUAUUCAUUCUUCGUCAUGUGUGACCUUUUUGUAUUUGAUAACAUAAUAACUCUCCUCUAAGUCAGAAACAGGACACACCUGCCGUUGUACAAUUUCCUAAUUCUCCAAAUUAUUCCUCAGAAGUGAAAUUAGCCAUUAGAUAAAAAUGAUUUCUGUAUUUUUCACUGCGCAAGGUUAUUACAAUGACUUACAUUUGGGUCUGGCUUCAAAAAAGCCAUUUAUAAUAGCUGAUUGUUGUGUUUUGUCUCUAGAGGAGUUGUUAGUGAACUGAGACAUACCUGGGUUCAUGUUCAGAAUAUAUUAUAUCACCAUGUGAAGUGAAAGGCCUGUGCCUCCUGUGGCCAUGAGAGCACUGUUGUAAUGAUAAGUGAUGUGUCAUUAUUAUCAUCAUCAUUUACCACUGGCGGGUAAUUUCAUAUGCUCUCCAUGCAGCCUGUAUACAGUGAUGUAAAGUCUGUCCUCUUAAAGGAGGAAAUGCCUUGAUGUGAGAUCAAUAGUAAUUUUAUUAAGAGGAUAUAUGCUCUGGUGUCAAGUCCUCUCAGAUCUAGGAGAGUUUGGCCUCCUUAUUGAGUCCUGCAUGAGCCACUUCUUCCUUUUUAUAUAUUAUCUUUAGGCCCUGUAAAGCAAUCUACAACUCUUGAUAUGGAAAGCUGCUAAAUAUUUCAUUCUUAUCAGUGAUGUAGUAAUCACUUGCAAAGAGCUGAAAAUAUGGAGGCUCCUCUUGGUCUGGCAGUACAUUUAGUAUAAACAUACAGAUCAUACUCCUUGCUGUCAGUGUGUGGACUGCUAAAAAUAUUGUAAACACAGACACCACGGAGUAAUUAUAAAACGUUUAAUUGUAAAACCCGUCCACAUCGUUAACAAAAGACACAAAUGUACCUGACACAUUACUCAACAGAAACUGUCGAAAAAUAUCAAUCUGAGUAUUUCACAUCCCCGCCACCUUAAUCUUCAAAAACCAGUAUAUAAAAAUCUGUACUAUUAAAUGACAGUUUGUUUAUCAUCCUGUAUAAACAGUGGGUUGUAUCUGUGAAGGGUUAUUGGAAGAACAUGGUUUGGUUCCUUUUCCAUCUAUUAAAAAAAAAAAAAAAAAA